AUGCGCCGGCACGUGAACGGGGCGUUAGGAGAGGCAAGGCAACGCCUCACCUCCUCGCUCGAAGACCCGGGUUCGAGGCGGGUCGAGAGUGUUAUUGGCGGAGCGACCUCUACUAGAAGCGACCUCGUUCCAGCUCAGGAGGCGCGCGUGCUCGCGGUGAUCAAUAAGCGCUGGACGGAAGACGCUGGACGGAAGACGUUGGACGGAAGACACUGGACGGAAGACGCUGGACGGAAGACGCUGGACGGAAGACGCUGGACGGAAGACGCUGGACGGAAGACGCUGGACGGUAGACGCUGGACGGAAGACGCUGGACGGAAGACGCUGGACGGAAGACGUUGGACGGAAGACGUUGGACGGAAGACACUGGACGGAAGACGCUCGGCGUCGCUACGCUUGGAGAGAACGCGUAGAGUGGGUCCGGCCCCAAAGCCAGUCAGUGCCUUGCUUGAUCACCCCCUGCCUCCGCAGUUCCCCUUCAGAGGCCUCUGCCCCGGCAUCGCCCUCCGUCCCUUCCACGCCGAGGACGCGCGUGAAAGCCUCGCGCCGCGCCGGGGCGGGCGCACGUGGCGCGAUGUACCUCGCCGCCCGCUCGCCGGCACGCGGCCUCAUCCGGGCUCGCGCCGCGGAAGGGCGGAACGAACUGCAAACGCCCGGCCUGUGCCGGGCGCCGGGCCGUAA